UUAGUGCUUAAAGAAACUUUCAAGGAACAUAGCACUCUUAAUCCGGUCAGUGGCAUUUCAGUUGUUGAUUUGACUUUCUAAGGGUACUUUUGGAAUUUGGUUUUUGAUGUGAAAUGUUGGUGUUAAACUGCAGAAGCAAAAGUUGGCAUGGUAAAUCAAUUGAAUCCAAGGCCUAGGCAAGUGGAGGUUUGGUUCCAGAAUAGAAGGGCAAGGACAAAGUUGAAGCAGACGGAAGUCGGCUGCGAGUAUCUAAAGAGAUGUUGCGAAAAUCUAACAGAGGAGAACCGAAGGCUGCAUAAGGAAGUCCAAGAGCUUAGAGCAUUGAAACUCUUCCCACAGCUUUACAUGCACAUGAACCCUCCUACAACCCUCUCCAUGUGCCCUUCUUGCAAACGUGUGGCUGUUUCUUCCUCUGCGGCUGCCACCCGUCCCUCACUUCAACAGCUCCAAACUGUCGUCAGAUGA